CCCAUCCACUGCCCACUCCCAGCCGCCACCCACACCCAGCGCCCCACCGCUCCCCCGCCGGUCGUCGUUUCCCCGCCGGCCGCCGCUCCCCCUACGACCUCCAGCGGUCCAUCCUCCUCAGCUCCUCCGCCUCGGCUGCGCAACGGCACCGCCGCCACGCGACGCGCCUAGGCCCGCGCCCAGGCCCCAGGCGGCGCCCCGCCGCCACCUCCUCCCCCCUCACCGGGAAGCCGCAUCUCUCACCGGGCCGCCGCAGCGCCGCAUAUUUCUGUCCUCCUGAUCCGCCAUCCCAUACCCGCGCCGGAGAGCAGCAGGCGGCUCCAAGGAAGAUGGGGUGGAAGGCUGCAGAGAAGCUCAUCAGUCACUGGAAGAUCCUCCGCGGUGACAACGUGAUGAUCAUCAGAGGCAAGGACAAGGGGGAGACCGGGCUCAUCAAGCGGGUCAUUCGGUCGCAGAAUCGCGUCAUCGUCGAGGGCAAGAACUUGGUUAAGAAACACAUUAAGCAAGGGGAAGGGCACACAGGUGGUAUUUUCUCCAUUGAAGCUCCACUUCAUGUUUCAAAUGUCCAAGUAGUUGAUCCUGUCACUGGGAAACCAUGUAAGGUUGGAUACAAGUAUUUGGAAGAUGGGACCAAAGUCAGGUUUGCUAGAGGGAUGAAUGCAUCUGGUGCUGUGAUCCCCCGGCCAGAAAUUCUGAAGGAGAGAAGAAAACCAAGACCUACAUCACCUGGCCCAAAGGAUACACCAAUUGAGCUUGUGCUGGAGAAGACCUACUAUGAAAUAGCUGGAAUUGGAAUGCCCGAUCUAUAGCUGCUGUGUUGUUUCAUGUUUGUUCUGAGAGUUCAGUAUAUGUGACCAUGUCGGCAAGUCCUAGUUAAGGUAUUAGGGUGUCAUGGUGUCAAUGGUCGUUGGGCAGUUGUACUGUGCUUCCCUCAUAAUAAUCAUGUACUAAAGGUCGAAAGAGGCAUUGCUGGCAUGUAUGUUUUCCUUAUUUUUUUCUCGGUGUUUGGUUCUGCAGAAACGCAUUCUUGGAUGAGAUAUGGCAAAGAUUUCUUUUUGCUAUGAGUCACUGCUAUUGGAACCGUGUUUCUUAAUUUUCA